UAAAAAGAAAUGCAAUGGGAAGCAUAAGCGGAAGUAAAAGUAAAGUUUCAACUUCCGACGUGCCACAUCAGCCACACCCCCCAGACCAAGGAGGUUCACCGUUCCCCAGACCCAUCAGACACGCCACCCAGUUUUGAAGUGCUGCUUGCUGCUGAAGUUGCGACAGGAAUUUUAUCGACAGGAGCAUCCAGAGCUUCCAAACAUGGCAUCCAACCUCGCCUGUCCUCUCUUCGACUUCACUUUGGACCUCUACAAGCAGCUACUAGUUCAAACCGGAAGCACUGCAAACAUCUUCUACUCCCCGUUCAGCAUCGCAGCCGCCCUAUCCAUGACACUGGCUGGGGCGCGGCACCACACGGCGAAGCAAGUUGAACAUGUAAUGCACCUCGAAGCCAGCACGGUUCACAAGCAUUUUUCCGACGUCUUGUCGAAGAUCGACAGUUGUGCACCCGACGUCACCUUGCAGGUGGCCAACCGCCUGUACUCCGACCAAUCGUUCAGCGUCCUCCCAACAUACACCUCUCUGCUGGAGGAGUUCUACAAGAGCACUAUGAAAGCGGUCGACUUCAAGAAUGACCCGGGUACCUCCCGUCUUGAAAUUAACGCGUGGGUCGAGGAGGCGACUCGGUCCAAGAUAAAGGACUUGCUUCCAGAAGGCUCCAUCGACUUUGACACGGUACUGGUCAUCGUGAAUGCAAUCUACUUCAAGGGACUCUGGAGCUUCCAAUUCAAUCCUAGGGCCACAUCACCGCAAGAGUUCCACGUAUCCAAGGAUGGGACCAAGACUGUCGACAUGAUGUACAAGCAGGCCAAGUUCCGGAUGAGCCGCUGCGACGAAUAUAAAGUUUCUGUCCUCGAGAUUCCCUACAAGGGCAAGAGAGCGUCAAUGGUGAUCCUACUUCCGGACGAAAUGGACGGACUCUCGGACCUCGAGAAAGCACUGACAUCAUCCACGUUCCGGAAGAUACUUGACGGCCUGACACGUGAGACGCUCGUUGACCUGCGCUUGCCGAGGUUCAAGUUGGAGCAGACGACGAAUUUGAAGGAUACGCUGAUGGCAAUGGGGAUCCACGACUUGUUCUCAGACUCCGCAGACCUCUCUGGAAUGAACAGUAACGAGAGUUUGAAGGUCUCGGCCGCAAUUCACAAAGCCUUUGUGGAGGUGAACGAAGAGGGUACCGAGGCUGCUGCAGCUUCGGCCUUUGCAGUAAAUGCUCGGUGUGCCGUGUAUGGCGUGCCUUUCUCUGUGGAUCAUCCAUUCUUAUUUGUCAUACGGAGCCAUGAUCCUGACAUCAUCCUCUUCAUGGGAUCUGUACGUCAAGUAUAGUUCCUCGAAGUGCUUCCUAUCACAUUGAUUGUAUUUUAUGGGAGUCAACUUGGAAAACAGAAGCACCUAUUGGAUGAUUACGUUUGGAUGCUAAGUUGAUUAUUAAAGCCUUAGAAAAAGUAAUUGUCAGUGAUGUCUACAAGCUCCAUGUGUUGGGGUUUUAUUGGUUUUAUUAUGUGUGUGUGUGGAUAAAUGAUCCUCUUAAUAAUGGUAGAUUUUCAGAAUGUUAAAGUACCUUCCAAAAUCCAGCUUCUGUCAAUAUUUCGACUGUUUAGGCAGUUGAGAGUUCGAAGGGUUUAUCUGCAAGUAACCACUAGUUAAAUGAUAAAAAGAAAUUUUAAUGCUAGAAUGGCAUUAGCAUUUACACAUUGUUACUUCUAUGAGUAUGAAAAGUGUAACACUAUGGUGUCCUGAUUCUUGAAGUUGGUUGGGGCAGGGUGAUAUCUGUGCCAAUAUUUUUUUAGUGUUGCGAACAAAGUUCUGGUCAAUGACACAAUGUGCAAUGUGGGAAAUGAGGAAACUGCUGCUGCUAAUGUGUGCAUUUGCAAAUGUUUUUGACCCGUGUGCACAAUGCACUUAUUUUGCUGCUUUUUACACCUGUUCACUUUUUUUUUUUUUUAGUUUUCUAUUGCAGCAGCUAUGUAUACACUUUUUAUGUUGGGCUACAGAGCAAUAAAGUAAUGUUGAAAACACUGA